AUGGAUUUAAUCUUUAUCGAUCGUUACUAUUGUUCGAUCAAAAUGUCAGUAAUUAUUACGUUAUAUGUACUUAUGUAUUUGGCGAACAUAAUUCACGGUUCCACAUUAACUGCACCCCCGCAAUCGGCAGUGGUUGUCGCUUUCGAAGAUAUCUAUGACAUAUCUUUACUAGCCAACACUUUGUCGGAUCAAGGGAUCGAUACAACCUUAAUUAUACCGGAGUCCAACGAAGACGAAGUUUACGAAACUUUGAUCGAUGUUGAAGUGCUCACAGUGAAAAUGGAAGUUGCUGAAUCUGCAUAUUCUUCAAAGAAAACGAUUCAAGCCUGUGAAGCUUUGUUAAAAGAUGAACAAAUCGCGAAGAAGAUACAGGAAAUUCAACCUACCUUCACUGUAUUUCCUGCACUUUGGCACGAUGGAUGUUUGCUUCCAUGGGCAAGAGCUAUUGAGUCUAUUCCAGUGAUAUGGACGCGCAAUCGAGAAGAAGAACUGUAUGUUUUCGAAUAUACUGGUGCUGCUUUAUCGGUUCAGAAUACAGGCGUUUGGACCAGGUUGUGGACGAGUACUACAAGGAGGUCAAUAUUCUCCACGGCUCGGGAUGAGUACGCGGUGUAUGCUCUCCGGAUAGUGGGAAAAUACUUGCCAGAUAUCAGUCUCAAUUUAGAUAAUCUAUACGCCGAUGUUCGCCUUAUACUUUGGGAUGCUGACGUUAUCCUACGCUCGGAUUAUGCAUUACUCACCCAGCUGAUAGUGGAAAUCGGCUGUCAUCACUGCAGAGGGGCACAUCCAUUACAAAGCGACCUACACAAGUCUCUGAUCGAGUAUCGAGUGGGUACUAUUGUGGCUCUUCUGGAUGAAAAUUAUGAGACGUUAAUUAGGGAGCUUGCACAGAAAUUACCUCAAGGCAGGGAGGGCCAAGCAGUAGUUUGGAAGAACAUGAAAUGGCAAAAUUCAAAUAAUGCUCUGCCAGAGAAUCUUUUCGUUCACUCGAGAAUUGAUCGGCAAGACUUAAUAGGUUAUGGACGUACAAGAGUGGUGUUAAGUCACUGUGCAGACACGGAGCUCCUUGAAGCUGCCUUCCAUGGAACUCCAGUCAUAUGUUUCCCCAGAAAUCCCAACGAAUUUAAAAAUGCUGCACGAGCGGUUCAGUUAGGCUUCGCACGUUCCGCUGAAGAGAUUCAUAUUUCAUCUGGUGAAGAACUAGCUAAUACUGUGAUUCAGAUUCAUGAAACCAUGGACUACCGCGAGAAUGCUAGAAAAGUAUCUUUAACCAUUCGUGAUAGAAUAAAUCCUGCUGUGGAUAGGUUAAUCUAUUGGUUGCGUUACAUGGCAAGGACAAAGGAUUGGAACUUAGACUUCCUAACUCCAAUCAGUCCAGCGAGGACCUUGAAUGAAGAUAUCCAAUUCUUCCUUGGUCUCUUUGUAGGUACUAUAGUUGGAAUAUUUUCGACAAUAGGUUGUAUGUUAGCAAGAUAUUUAGUCAUAUCUAAAAGAACACAAAGAUCAAAGGGAAGAUAUACGCGAUAAAAAUGUGGUUGAUCCAAAAGAGGAGAAAAAACAUGGAUUCGAUAGGAUGGAUAAUUACGGACACGUUUCGCAUAUGUAUUUAUAUAAAUGCACGUAGAGUACAGGUACAUACAAAUACAAAUGUUACGAGCUAGGGUUUAUCUCAUUGCUAAUGAAGAGAUGUAACUAUUACGAGAAUACUUGAUCGAUAAGAUUGACUGAUGAUUGAUUGCUUGCUUGGAAAAAGCUAGAAAGUAUGAUGUAGCGUAUUAUCAACGACAAGGAGAGAAAAAUAAAUUACAAUUUGUCAAUACUGCGCUCUGUAUGUCGUCUCGUUGCACGAGUGCUCGCUCGUGUGCGUUAUCGCCUAAAUCCUUACAAACGUACGGACGAAUCAGUACUUAUAGUUCAUUCGAUUCUCUUUCUCUCUAGCUCGUUCGCUCUUUCUCUCUCUCUCUCUCUCUCUUUUAAGGCCAUGUUCCUCUAAUUAGAUCAGCUGCCUUUGUUUAUGCCGUUCAAACAGAGAUUGACUUAUUCAUGCAACGAAUAUACAGAGUGUUCCAUUCUAAGCUUUGAUAUUUCAUAUCAUUCAAAUUAUUUCAAUUUAUUAUUCAAAUUAUUUCAAUUCGAGAUUUAAAUGAGAUUUCAAUGUCAUUCAUUGUCAAUCAUUGUUUAUUUUCACGUUCUCUUUUUAUUCUGUUUUUGUAAUUCAUGAAAGAUGUGCAUUAGAUCAAUCUAUAUAUGUGAAAUCUUGUAAACAAAUGAAAGAUAUGAAAAUAGGUUUCCUUCAUAAUCUUUGUAGAAUAAUAGUGAAACAUUUUUCACUUGCAACGAAUAAUUUUCGGAAUCGUUCAAAGAUAUAAUCUAAAUAUAACACCCUGUAUAUUCGCAUAUCAUUGCUAUCGACACGUGUCAUCAAACAAUUCGUUACCUCAUAUAGAUUUAAGAAAAAAAGAUCAUCGUCACAUAAGAUGGGUGUAAAAGAAAUCGAUCUUCGUAUAAAAUAUUGGUCAUUGUAAAAAGAAGAAAAAAUACAGAGUAAAAAGCUGUACAUAUA